AUGUCAUUUUAUUUCGUUAUAAACAAUGGAGAGCAGAAAAUAAAAGGUUUAUAUGACACAAUUGUGAAAGAUCCUGGUGUACGAUUUAAUAUAGCACUUGAUUUUAAUUAUAAAGGGACAUCUUUUGCUGCACGAGUUGAAGCACCAGAUAAACCAGAUAUCACUUACAUACUUAAAUGCAAUAAUACUAAUGAAUUUAAUGUUAAAAGAAACUGGAAUGCUAUUACUAGCCGUAAACUUUUAAAUAAGUUUAAUGGUUCAAAAUCUUAUUUUGAUAAUAUUUGCAAUCCUAUAGAAGGAAGAAAUCAACCUGUAUCUUUUAAUUCUAAAUUUUAA